AUGGACAAUCGCCAGAACGACCUCAAGGACCAGAUCCGCGCCUUCGCCAAUGCCCUCUCCAAGUCAAGCAACCUGCCGCUGAGCGCGAUCCACGAGGCCCUCGAGUCUUACAUCGGCCAGGCUCGCGUCAACGAGGCCACCUCCAUCGCCGCCCAAGAGAUGCGCCAGGUCAUCCCCGGAAGCGAGUACGCCGUCAUUUUCCACGGCUACCACGUCCACACCGGAAGCACCCCUAACCAUGCCUUCGGCUACCCCAUCAACUACCGCACCACCGUUGCGCUCAAGAACCCCGUCUUCUUCGACGUCCUCAAGUUCAACAAGUUCAACGGCGUCUUGAUCCCCCAACAGGGCCAGCCUAUCCCUCCCUACCACGCUGCGGACUACGUCCCGGGAUUUCAGUCUUACGGAUGUCCCGGCCUGGCGAUCCCCAAUCACUGGAUGAAUAUCUUGGCCAGCCCCACCACCGAUGCCAUUCAUAUGAACGCGGAGAUCGCUUUUCCCGGACCCAGUGAUGCCGAGAACUGGGACCAGCAGAACUCCGACCCGACCUUCAACCACUUCCUUGCCGAGAGCUUUCCCCAGCAAACCCACAUUGCUCCUCCUGGCCAGUUCGUCCCAGACUACUGGAACCAGUCCAGCUACUUUGGCCACCCUGAGCAUAUCAUCGGAGAGACCCACGAGCCUGUCCCUCAAGUCCAACUUCCCCUGGGAAUCGCCCCCGUCAUCGAGAACAACGUCGCUGCUGAUGUUGAGCACGCCGGACAGCAACCUGUUCGCUCCCGCAGUGUCGAAGAGGCUACCAUGCAGUGCCCCGAGUGCUUCAAGCCAUACAAGCGACUCAAUUACUUGCAGAAGGUCAGUUUCCCAAGUCCUAUGGUCCGAUUGUCCCCGCUGACAACCAAAGCACCUUAA